AUUACAUAACUGACUUCAUCUAUUGCGGUAGGAUCUGCCGUUCGUAUACACAGUUGCAGCUUUUGAACCUGCUUCAUAUUUUGCAUCAUCUUGCUCGCUUGCUUCUUGCUCGGUUACUUUUCUGGCUUCGCUCACCAGUGUUAGUGACUGAAUAGAAAAGUGAUGUUAUGUCACCUCAGAUCUUGGUUCUGCGCUUCUGUUUAAUGCCAUGCUGUUUGGUUGCUGAGAUGGGUUGCUGUUGAGUCUUGUCUGACCUUAGCCAGCGAUCAGUUUAAACCUUGCCUUUGAUCUUUGUUUUGUGCAGAGAGAUUCCUUCACUUGUCCACAGUCUGACAUUCCAUUCUAUACUGCGUAUAUCUGAGUUUAGUUUAGAUUAACUGCUAAGGCAGCUUUCCAGGGUGUAGUGUAUCCUCGUGUCCAUCAGCUGGAGAUCUAAGUUAAAACUUAGGCAAAGGAUGGGACUGCAUAUGCAGAGAUUGGGCAGGUAUACUAUCACUAAUCAAUGCAUCAAUGAACAUGCCACAUGGAGUAAAGAUAUGGAAACUUUACAGAUAUUUAACAAGGUAUAAAACCUGCUAUAAGAAGUCACAGUUGUAUCCUCUUGUACAACAAAACAUACUAAAGUGUUUUCUUCUUUUUAGUCCAAGUGGUAAGAAGUUCAGAAGCAAGCCUCAGUUGGCAAGAUACCUGGGAAACACUGUUGAUCUCAGCAGUUUUGACUUCAGAACGGGAAAGAUGAUGCCCAGUAAAUUGCAGAAGAACAAACAGAGACUAAGGAAUGAUUCUCUCAAUCAAAAUAAGGGAAAACCAGACUUAAAUACAACUUUGCCAAUCAGACAAACAGCAUCGAUUUUCAAACAACCAGUCACCAAAGUUACCAAUCAUCCUAGUAACAAAGUGAGAUCUGAUCCACAGCGAGUAACAGAGCAGCCACGGCAGCUUUUCUGGGAGAAGAGGCUACAAGGCCUCAGUGCAUCUGAUGUCAGUGAACAAAUCAUAAAAUCCAUGGAGCUACCUAAGGGUCUUCAAGGAGUCGGCCCAGGUAACAACGACGAUACCCUGUUAUCAGCUGUUGCUAGUGCUUUGCACACCAGUUCUGCGCCUAUCACGGGACAGCUCUCUGCAGCUGUAGAAAAGAACCCAGCUGUUUGGCUUAAUACAUCUCAACCCCUCUGCAAAGCUUUCAUAGUUACAGAUGAUGACAUUAGAAAACAAGAAGAGCGGGUGCAACAAGUGCGUAAAAAACUGGAGGAAGCACUAAUGGCAGACAUCUUGUCACGAGCAGCUGAUACGACAAAAGAUAUAGAUGUAGAAAUGGAUAAUGGAGAUGAAGCAUAAAAAGAAAUCAGGUACUUUUAACUGACUUGUCCCAGGAGGAAAUUCCUAAAAGCCAGAGGCACUUUCUCCUUCGGUCUUUCGUUAUAAGAAGAAAUGGACCCAUGCACAUUUAUAUAGCUUUCUAAUAGCAUUAAAACCAAUGCCUUUUUUAGACUCCUAUUUUUGAUGUAUAUAUCUUAUUUGAAAAGCAACUUUAUUUUGUGUCCUAUGACUUAAAGUCCUUUUUUAAGUAUUGAACAUUACCCUUAAUCUAAAGCUGAGCUUUUGAUGCCAGGUUGCAAACCUACUGGAAUUAUAUUGCCUGUACUAAAUAUUUGUUUUUCCUGUGGUUUUUGGUAAGGAUGGAUCAGGAGAACAGAAUGAUUUCCCAGUUAAAGACUAUUGUGACUCAGUGUAAAUAAACAGAUUUUUAUACCUAUGGGUGAAAGAACCUGUACAUUCUUCUGUCAUCACUGUAAAGAUA